AUGGAUGACAUUCGUGAUAGAUUUGUCUUUCAAUCAAUGGUGGAUAUUCAACAUCAUCACUUCCCUGUUGUGUCUAAUCCGUUUGUGGAGCAUGAAUAUGACCUCGAAGAGGAGGAUGCCAGCUCUGGAGAUACUAGUGAUCCAAGUGAGCUUCCAGAACUUCAACAUCGAGGGGUGACACCGAUCAAUGCUCCUGCGCAUGAUCUUAUAGCUUCCAUCUGGUCGGCUUCAUCUAGCCAGAUUACUCGAUAUUCCGGAUGGGGUUACGACAAUGUAGGAAGUCUGUAUGGGGUUCAUACCGCCAGACUUCCUCAUUUCAAUGCUCGAUUCACAGAUCAAAGGAGGCGCCGGCUCUCAUACCAAACAACUUUUACCGUGGUUGAUACAUCUGCAGGACAUAAGGAGCAGGGAUGGAGCUUUGGUACUUUAGCAAUGUACCAAGGUUUUGAUUUGAGGUUGAUAGAUAUAAAUCGAACUUGUAAAGUAACAAAGGGAGGUCAAGUGGUCAAGUACACCGUUUUGAUGGUGUGUGUAAACUAUCGUGGUGUUGUUGGAUAUGCAAAAGCCAAAGCUGACGCAGUCCCUAUUGCAAUCCAAAGGGCACAUGAGAAAUGCUUUCAGAAUCUUCACUAUAUUGAACGACACGAAGAGCACACUAUAGCCCAUGCAAUUCAAGAAUCAUAUAAGAAGACUAAGGUCUAUCUCUGGCCUGCACCAACUGCAUCGGGUAUGAGAGCUGGAAGAACUGUUGAAAACAUUUUGCUUUUAGCUGGCUUUAACAAUAUCAAAUCAAAGGUUAUUGGCUCAAGGAAUCCUCACAACACUGUCAAGGCUGUUUUUAAAGCCCUCGAUGCAGUUGAAACACCAAAAGACAUGCAGGAGAAGUUUGGGAGAGCGGUUGUUGAGAAACACUUGCUUCAGUUACCAUAGCAUCAUACCA